CGCGCAAGAGAGAGAGAGAGAGACAGCGAGAGGGAGAGAGGGAGAGAGCUCUGUGCGGUCGACGGAGCAGGGAUGUCCUCUCCCACCCUGCCGCCGAGGACAUGGAUGGCUCGAAUGGACCCGUAACCCGGGCUGAAUCGUCCCCGCUCGCGCCCUCGCCGGCCGGCCGUCUCUCCGCGCGCCACUCUGCGUGUUUGCGGGAUUCACUGCGAACAACGUGACGCGCGCGCGCUCCAGCUCUGCGCCAGCCGGGUCCGGUGGAGCCGCGGCUGAAGAACUGGGGAUUUGAUUGGCAGCCGGUACACCGCUGAGGCGGCGGGGGUCGACGUGCCUGGCCGGCGCUGGGUGAAUGCUGCCUGGCGAGGGCAGGCGCUGACGCGGCAGCGGCAUCCACUUGGGGGGGAAAUUUUAUUUUUUUUUAAAAAGGAGCAUGGCAUCCACGGGCAUGCAGAUAUUUGGAUUCGUCCUCGCCCUGUUGGGCAUCAUGGGCGCCAUGGUGGCCACGCUGCUGCCCAACUGGAAGGUCAGCGCGGACGUGGGCUCCAACAUCAUCACAGCGAUCUCCCAGAUGCAGGGUCUGUGGAUGGACUGCACGUGGUACAGCACGGGCAUGUUCAGCUGCACGCUGAAGUACUCCGUGCUCUCGCUGCCCGCGUACCUGCAGACCGCCCGCACCACCAUGGUGCUCUGCUGCGUGAUGGCCGCCAUGGGCCUCUGCCUCGCGUCCCUGGGACUGAAGUGCACGCGCUGGGGAGGGGGGCGGCGUUCCAAGCGGCACGCCGCCAUCGCCAGCGGAGGCUGCUUCGUCGCCGCCGGCUUCCUGUGUCUGGUGCCGGCUUCCUGGUUCACCAACGAGGUCAUCACCAACUUCCUGGACUCCUCUGUGCCCGAGAGCAACAAGUUUGAGCCCGGGGGUGCCGUGUACGUGGCCUUCGUUUCAGCGGGGUUCCUCUUCGUCGGGGGGUCCAUCUUCUGUAUGUCCUGCUCGGGUAAAAGGCACGGCCCCCAAGACAUGAUCCUGCUCCCUCCCCCGGACAAAUUGCUGCUCCAGCAGCAGCAGCAGCAACAGCUGCUCCAGCAGGAGCUCCAGCACCAGUACUGCUCGCUCUCCCCAUUAGACAACAAGACCGGCUACAGCCUGCAGGACUACGUGUAAUAAACGGCUACAAGGGGACAAGCCUGGGGGGACGCCGUCGCGGCUUAUGCUACACACUGAGCUCCACUCCAGAUGGAGGUGGAGGGGAAAAAGGAGAGGGGAGGGCAAACGACUUUGAAUUCAUUUCCCCUUCCCCUCGAUCUUGCUCUUCCUUCCCUUUGGUCUUUUGCAAGCACAAGCAGCGGAGGUAAAUUCCCUCGGCGUCGCCGUGGAUCAAACUGAACUGAAUGUGUGAGGAGCCGGGACGAGGUGCUGCAGCAUCGGAGGACGCCGCUAACCAAAUGCAGACCUCCUUCGCCGGUAAACCACAGAAAAACGCUCCCCAGGGAAUGGAUUAAGCAAAUAAGGAAGCCUUCCGUGUAGAUACAUUUUUUUUAAUUAUUAUUUCCCCCUUCGCCAAAGGUUUGAAUUGAAAGAAAAGAAGCAAUCAUUUAGCUGCUAUUUACAAUCUGUCUGUGUCCACUCAAUUGACGAAAACAGGCAGUAUAACGCCUGAGGAACCUUUCCAUAGCGAGCCAUUGUAGUUUUUACUAGAAUGCUGCGACUGAUCGAAAGCAUAUUUUUGUUAGCUACUAGAAUGACGUUGAUAUUUUGCCUCUAAAGCAUGCUGUGUGGAGCCUGCCUGUGUACCGAUACAGCGGCAUGCCUGGUUAAAAAAGACUGAGACAUAGCCACAAAAUGCCUGUGCCUGAAAAGCUGUAGAAACAUUACCCUGCUGCAAGUGUUCAGAGAGGACUGUCAAGAGGAGCAAACGGGGGGGGGGGGGGGGAGGACUGCCGGGCAGGAAUUCAGACAGAAAACGCAGACAAAAACAGUUGCCUGCUUGUCUCUCUGCGGGUGAAUAUGCGAGAGAGAUGCGGAGGAAUUGAUAAGAGGGAGAUUCAAUGAAGAAGCAGAGUGCAGUAUCUGAUCUGUGCUGCUUUAUUUAUUUCUACCAAGACAAAAAAAA